AUGGAAAGAUCAAGGUUGUAUAAAAACAAAGAUAAGGACUCUGAGGAACUUCGGAGGCGUCGUACUGAUCAGUCUGUUGAACUUCGCAAAGCUAAGAAGGAUGAACAACUUCAGAAGCGGAGAAACAUAGUGCUGACUGAACUAGAUGAAACCUCACCCUUGAAAGAAAAGCAGAUUGAUACUCCUGAACACGUUAAUUACGAUGCAGUUAGCCGUGAUAUGCAAUCAAAUGAUCGAGUCACUCGAUUUAAAGCAGUUCAGCUCUGUAGAAAAACCCUAUCACGCGCAAAGAACCCUCCAAUAGACGAGUUUUAUAAGAGGGGUGCUGUCGACAUCCUGGGUUCAUCCCUCAGUUCCACUCACGAUGACCUUGUUUUCGAGGCUGCAUGGGCACUCACAAACAUUGCUUCCGGGGAUAGCUCUCAUACAGCAGCCUUAGUCUCCUCUGGGACUGUCCCAAAACUGGUACGGCUGUUAAGUCAUUCUGCUGUCAAUAUAGCUGAGCAAAGUGUAUGGGCUUUAAGUAAUAUUGCCGGAGAUGGAUCCGAAUUCCGAGAUAAAGUUAUCGACAGCGGAGUUGUUGAACCAGUGUUAAAACUUUUAGAUCGAGUUUGGAAGCAGCCCACCGUGGUAUCAAAUAUUGCCUGGAUGUUAUCAAAUCUCUGUCGAAACCGAGAUCCUCCUCCCCCACGUGCCGUCAUUAAAAAGCUUCUGCCUUAUCUCAAUCGACUUCUUCAGUAUGAGGGAAAUAAGAAUGUGAUUGUGGAUACCGCAUGGGCUCUUUCAUACGCAAGUGAUGCCGUAAAUGAAUUUAUUGAUGAUAUAAUAGGAAGUGGAUGUGUCCCGUUACUUCUGCGACUGUUAGCGUCAUCAUCGGCGAAUCUCAUUUCUCCAUCUUUAAGAGCCAUUGGUAAUCUUGUCAUCGGUACUGAUGAACAAACACAAGCUAUUCUGGAUGCCGGUCUACUAACUUACAUCCCUGCAUUGUUAAACAAUGAAAAGUCUACUGUGGUCAAAGAAGCCUGUUGGGUAGUGAGUAACAUUACCGCCGGAAGUGUAGAUCAAAUUGACAUGGUUAUAAGUCACAACAUCAUACCAUGCAUUUUGGAGAUCUUUUAUAAGGGUGAAUUCAGAACUCAAAAAGAAGCCUGCUGGGUUAUCAGUAAUUUUAUUAGCGGUGGGACUCCGGGACAAUGUGCAUAUUUGUUGAACCAAAAUGUGUUGAAAGCGCUUUGCAAUAUGCUUACAGUCUCAGAGUCGAAGGUUGUACUUAUGGUUCUAGAAGGAAUAAAAAAACUCCUAGAGAUUUCUGAUCAGUAUGGCCAAUUAGAACCAGCUUGUAUCGAGUUAGAGACAUGUGGAGGCUUGGAUAAGUUGGAAGAAUUGCAAGACCACACUAACGUUCAAGUCUAUCAAGGUGCUUACGAUUUAAUUGAAAAGUACUUCAAUGAUGCGAUCAAACCGCUAACAACCAUUUUAUCUAUGAAUCAGCCUUCAAAUAAAAGAAAUAGCUUACAAGCUUGUUACAAAUCUGAUGGGAAAUCUGAAGGUCGAUUCGAAGAAAUAGAAAGAAAAAUUGAGAAAAUUGAGGAGAAAUUGUCGCUUGAAUCGAAUAAGCAGACAGAAACUGAGCUUACUUUAAGGAAAUUAAUUGAUCAGGUUGAACUUAUGAAAAUUGCUGCUUCCAAUUCGAUGCAAACUACAAAACCAAUAUCUGUGAAAAGACAAGGACAUCGGAAAAGUUCAUUAACUACGUCCGGAGUCCAGUAUUCACAGAAUGCGAAUCAAAUAUUGAACCCAGGUGCCUUUACAUGCUCUGAUGAAUCGUCGUCUGACAAUCUACCUAGUCUGUCGAAAAGUGAGAAAACACCCAAUGUAGUCUAUACUUAUAUUGAUAAUUACCUUAAAGCCUGUAUGUCUAGUGUUGAGAAGAAAUUGUUUGGCAAAUUAGACAUCUGCUUUAAUAAAAUCCAAUCACUUGAAGCACAUGCAAAUCAAAAUAAAACUGAAGAUGAUAAUAGACUGACGAAUUCACAAGAAAUCCAUCUAAGUUCAGAAGAAAGUGGUUCAGAUAUGAGUAUUUACUCUGAAUAUCAGGUUACGUUGGAGCAGCAUAAAAGACGUUUGGAAGAAAUGGAGAAACUAGUCAAACAUUUUGAUUCUCCUAUAGUUAAUGAAACUAUAAAAAGUGUUCUAAGCUCUGAAAUUAAAAGUAGACAUCAACAAAAUCGACAAUUGCAAAAACUUUACACUUGUAUAAUUGAGAAGUUCCUAGGAAUCAUAGACAAAUGGCAGCCUAAUUUGAAUAAUCUUGAAAUAAAUUCAAAUUCUGAUAAUGGUGAUUUGACCGGGUCUGAUCGUCCUGUGAAUGAAUCGGAAAAUAACUCUAAGCUGUCACAGCUCUUACUCUUAUUACACGAAGAUUUAAUUCAUUUACAAACAAAAUUAGAAAAUGAACCUAUAAAGUAUGGUGAAACAUCCAUUGCAAAGAAUGCGCAAGAACCUUUGGACUUCAGAACACUAGCUGAAUCUAUUCUGGUAGUGAAAAUCAGUCUGGAAUUGAAGAUUAACAAAUUGGAAAAGCAGCUUAAUUUGGAACGUGAAACGAUUCACACCGAAGUUGUUAAACUAAAAGAAAUUUGUGAUCGCUUCAAAACAAGAGGAAAUAUAUAA